GGACCCACGUGAUGGAGGGCUCUGGACGGAUGGUGGUGACCGCCGUGGGCGUGAACUCUCAGACCGGCAUUAUCUUUACCCUGCUGGGGGCCGGUGGUGAGGAGGAAGAGAAGAAAGACAAGAAAGGUGUGAAGAAGGGGGAUGGCCUUCAGCUACCAGCGGCCGAUGGUGCGGCAGGUUCAAAUGCUGCAGAUAGUGCAAAUGCCAGCCUAGUCAAUGGUAAAAUGCAGGAUGGCAAUGUGGACGCCAGCCAGAGCAAAGCCAAACAGCAGGACGGGGCAGCCGCCAUGGAGAUGCAGCCACUCAAGAGUGCCGAGGGGGGCGAUGCCGACGACAAAAAGAAGGCCAACAUGCACAAGAAGGAGAAGUCGGUGCUGCAGGGCAAGCUCACCAAGCUGGCGGUGCAGAUCGGCAAGGCCGGCCUGGUGAUGUCGGCCAUCACCGUGAUCAUCCUGGUGCUCUACUUCACCGUGGACACCUUCGUGGUCAACAAGAAGCCGUGGCUCCCCGAGUGCACACCCGUCUACGUGCAGUACUUCGUCAAGUUCUUCAUCAUUGGCGUGACGGUGCUGGUGGUCGCCGUGCCCGAGGGGCUCCCUCUGGCUGUCACCAUCUCGCUGGCCUACUCAGUGAAGAAAAUGAUGAAGGACAACAACCUGGUCCGCCACCUGGACGCCUGCGAGACCAUGGGCAAUGCCACGGCCAUCUGCUCGGACAAGACAGGCACGCUCACCACCAACCGCAUGACAGUGGUGCAGGCCUACGUGGGCGACGUCCACUACAAGGAGAUCCCCGACCCCAGCUCCAUCAAUGCCAAGACCAUGGAGCUGCUGGUCAAUGCCAUCGCCAUCAACAGCGCCUACACCACCAAGAUUCUGCCCCCGGAGAAGGAGGGCGCGCUGCCCCGGCAGGUGGGCAACAAGACGGAGUGUGGCCUCCUGGGCUUCGUGCUGGACCUGAAGCAGGACUACGAGCCUGUGCGCAGCCAGAUGCCGGAGGAGAAGCUGUACAAGGUGUAUACCUUCAACUCGGUGCGCAAGUCCAUGAGCACCGUCAUCAAGAUGCCGGACGAGAGCUUCCGCAUGUACAGCAAGGGCGCUUCUGAGAUCAUGCUCAAGAAGUGCUGCAAAAUCCUCAACGGAGCUGGUGAGCCCCGGGUCUUCCGGCCCCGCGACCGGGACGAGAUGGUAAAGAAGGUGAUUGAGCCCAUGGCCUGCGACGGGCUUCGCACCAUCUGCGUGGCCUACCGCGACUUCCCCAGCAGCCCCGAGCCCGACUGGGACAACGAGAAUGACAUCCUCAAUGACCUCACCUGCAUCUGCGUGGUGGGCAUUGAGGACCCCGUGCGGCCCGAGGUCCCGGAAGCCAUCCGCAAGUGCCAGCGAGCAGGCAUCACGGUCCGCAUGGUCACGGGUGACAAUAUCAACACAGCCCGGGCCAUUGCCAUCAAGUGUGGCAUCAUCCAUCCUGGGGAGGACUUCCUCUGCCUUGAGGGCAAAGAGUUCAACCGGAGAAUCCGCAAUGAGAAAGGGGAGAUUGAGCAGGAGCGAAUCGACAAGAUCUGGCCAAAGCUGCGGGUGCUGGCUCGCUCCUCCCCCACGGACAAGCAUACUCUGGUCAAAGGCAUCAUCGACAGCACACACACGGAGCAGCGGCAGGUGGUGGCCGUGACGGGAGACGGCACCAACGAUGGGCCUGCGCUCAAGAAGGCUGACGUGGGCUUCGCCAUGGGCAUCGCAGGCACAGACGUGGCCAAGGAGGCCUCCGACAUCAUCUUGACGGACGACAACUUCAGCAGCAUCGUCAAGGCGGUGAUGUGGGGCCGCAACGUCUAUGACAGCAUCUCCAAGUUCCUGCAGUUCCAGCUGACGGUCAACGUGGUGGCUGUGAUCGUGGCCUUCACGGGCGCCUGCAUCACGCAGGACUCCCCUCUGAAGGCCGUGCAGAUGCUCUGGGUGAACCUCAUCAUGGACACGUUCGCCUCGCUGGCACUGGCCACCGAGCCGCCCACCGAGACCCUGCUGCUGAGGAAGCCGUAUGGCCGCAACAAGCCCCUCAUCUCGCGGACCAUGAUGAAGAACAUCCUGGGCCACGCUGUCUACCAGCUCACCCUCAUCUUCACCCUGCUCUUUGUUGGUGAGAAGAUGUUCCAGAUCGACAGCGGGAGGAACGCGCCCCUGCACUCGCCGCCCUCCGAGCACUACACCAUCAUCUUCAACACGUUCGUCAUGAUGCAGCUCUUCAACGAGAUCAACGCCCGCAAGAUCCACGGCGAGCGCAAUGUCUUCGACGGCAUCUUCCGGAACCCCAUCUUCUGCACCAUCGUGCUGGGCACCUUCGCCAUCCAGAUAGUGAUCGUGCAGUUUGGAGGGAAGCCGUUCAGCUGCUCUCCGCUGCAGCUGGACCAGUGGAUGUGGUGCAUAUUCAUCGGGCUAGGAGAGCUUGUCUGGGGCCAGGUCAUCGCCACCAUCCCAACCAGCAGGCUCAAGUUCCUCAAGGAGGCAGGGAGGCUCACGCAGAAGGAGGAGAUCCCGGAGGAGGAGCUCAACGAGGACGUGGAGGAGAUAGACCACGCCGAGCGGGAGCUGCGGCGGGGCCAGAUCCUGUGGUUCCGAGGCCUGAAUCGGAUCCAGACCCAGAUCCGCGUCGUGAAGGCGUUCCGUAGCUCUCUCUAUGAAGGUCUAGAAAAGCCUGAGUCUCGAACCUCCAUCCAUAAUUUCAUGGCUCAUCCUGAAUUCCGGAUCGAAGAUUCCCAGCCCCACAUCCCCCUCAUUGACGACACCGACCUGGAAGAGGAUGCCGCGCUCAAGCAGAACUCCAGCCCGCCGUCCUCGCUCAACAAGAACAACAGCGCCAUCGACAGCGGGAUCAACCUGACGACCGACACAAGCAAAUCAGCUACCUCUUCAAGUCCAGGGAGCCCCAUCCACAGCCUGGAGACGUCGCUUUAGCUGAGGCCCCCGCCGCCGCCCCCCUCCCGGGCCCCGCCCACCCAGGCACCCGACUCACCACGCAGCAGCGAGCAACACGGAAACCAAAUAACUGGCGAGAAAACCGUUUCCACCCAACAGACCCUUUUUCUGGCUGCGAUGCUGUUUGAACUCUUUUUCACUUUGAGGCAAGGGCGGGAUCUCCUCCUGGGUGGGGGGGUGGGGCGCUUAAGGGAGUGAGCGGUUUUCCCAGAACAAGCCCGUCCUGGCUCCGCCCGACCCGGACCAGCCAUGCUCCCGCCCGGCGCCAGUCCCCUGCAUGAAUGUACCGCACACUUCCUGUCCUCCCCUUGUUUGUUUUUUGGGGGGGGUUGGGGAGGGGUGGUUUUUGUUUGUUUGUUUGUUUUCUUAGGCGGGAACUGCAAACAGACUCUUCUGAGACUAUCUAUCCAAUCCACUGGUCUGUGAGUUUUUGAAAUGCUUGCGCAGCAUGGUCUCAGUUGUAUAGGUUAAUUUAACAACUUUUUGAAAUUGCAGAGCUUAACUCGCCUAGUCAAUUUGCACCAAUGGAACCGAAGAACUUCAGACACUCACAAGGUUAUAUCCAUUUCUUUGUAUCUAUAUCAACGUAUACUUCUCCAAGACUGUAUACGUCCAUAUAGAUAGGUAGAGAUAUAUAUAUAUAUAAAUAUAUAUACAUGGAUAUAUAAAGUUUCUUUGCCGGCAUGUUGCCUUGUUUCCGCUUAAAUUGCUCUAUUUUAACUUAUUUAUGUCCUAAAAGAAGAAUGUAAUUUGUUUACAAACCUGUAGAUAGCGUCUUUGGCUAUUUGUACGGUUUAAGGACACUGGUGGCUGAGAUGCUAGAAAACACAGCUCAGCCCGACAGACACCUCCCUGGAUUGCAUCCUUGAUGUUUUAUGAUAGCCAUGCUCUGAUUUUUGCCUGCUCUUUCCGUUCGAUAACGUCACUACCGCGGGAGGCUCAGGCAGAAGCCAGAUGUCAGCGAGUAUCCAUCCAUGAGGGGUCCAACAGCAUGCUCCGUAGACAAAGGGAGAGGAGGAGAGAAGGCUUCCGGGCUCCAAGCACUAACAGCCAGCCCGGCCCCAGGACGACGGGGUCCGCAAAGCCCGGGGUGAAGACUUUUCUCUCAAUGAAACUCACUUGAGUUUACUAAGAGCAUUUCACAAAGAGGUUUUCUCUGGCGCUGCCGGUACAGAGAUUGAGGUAGUGUUGCAAUAUUAUAAAUGCUAUUGUGUUGAUUUUCUUUUUCAGUUAGUAAUUUAGGGGCUUAUUUCCUUAUGAAUUGCAGCAUAUGAGCUGUGGGCAUAGGGGAUGAGGUUCAUUCUGGUGUGCUGCUUUUAUUUUUAUGUUUGAAGAACAGCCUUUUUCUCUGCACUAUUUAGAUCCGAACGAACCUUAUGAUGUGUAUAUUGAGAUGUAUUCAGUGUGAUUUUUUUAAACCAAAUUGUCUUCCUGUAGUCGCAAUACAUACUGUAGCCUUUUAACAGCAAGUCUUGCUUUCCCAGACAGAAAGCCAUUCUGAAACCCUGCAGUAUCACAGGUGAGAAAAGGUGGUUAUCUUCCCCCAAGACAAUAACAGCACUAGUAACCCCACUUAAUAAGAGCUUAUUUAAUUGUAUGUCAGCCUCUUAACUGCUCAGCACUUUGUGGGUAUCAGCUUUUUUCAUAAAAGAACUUUUGUAUUUAAUACAAAGUUUGCUUUGAGACUUUUCAGCAUACGACCUUUUUCCAUAAACUUGUACAGUGCAAAAGACAUUUUGAAUACCAUGAUCAAUGAUGUCCCAUGCUUCAAGGAAAACCAAACACUUCCCGCCUCGCUUGCGAAAUGCAUCCUUCAUUCUCCUCCUUUCCGCAGUUGCUGGGUCAGCCCGGGCCCUUCCCUUCUGCAGGCCCAGAGAAUUCUUCCACACACAAGAUGAGAGCCACUCGGGAAAAGAGCCAUAGUCACCUGGGAGGGUCUGCGUCUGGACGGCUGUGGAGAAACCCGAGGGUUUGGGAUUCCAAGUCAGCCCAUCCCACUUGGCAAAACCUUCCUGGAAGGAGGACCUUCUUUGCGCAAGAGCAUCUCCUGAAUGUCGUGAAGAAAUAUCUCUGAAUGUAUGUACCCAUCAGAGGAAACGGCAUCCCCCGAGGGGUGACCAGCCCUCAGAUACGUUUCUUGGAUUCCAGUACCGACACCACCAAUACCACCCACUGCUCUCCUGCGAGAAAGAAAAGAUCAGCUCACGUCAAACACGGGGCAGCCUUGGCACGUGGUGGUUUUUGUAGUUUCCUCUUUCGCGGUUUUCCAUCUCCCCCUUUCUUCCAGCCUUGUGUCCAUGACCUCAUCCCAUGACACCAGGAGAGCUCCACUUGCACAUGACGCUCCCUGUUCAUUUGGAGCCAGGAUGCAAGGAUGCCAGGAAGCCGGGAGGGGUCUCCCUGAGCGGGGCUCAGCUCGGGAGGAUGGGGAGCGACAGAAGCUACCGAGAACGCCCAACGUCCGUGUUGGCCUUCUCUGGUCAGGAGUGCUGGAUGUUCACACAUGUACACGCACACACCCUCGCCCUCACACAUGCACACAGACGUCCACACACACAGGAAAUGAGUGGUUUGUCAGCACUCACUGUAGUACAUACAGCUUGCACUCUGCGUCCUAUAUCUAGCAGCAUGGGGUACGUUUGGCAGUUCACCCCAGUAGGGGGUAGAUAAUUUAUGACCAUUCAUCUGUUUUUAUGAAUUUUUUUAUCUAGACGAUAACUGUAAAUAAAGAACUCACCAUCUCUGUUCAUUUA